CACCUUUAGAAAGAGAAGGUAAAAACUCUCUAUUUAUUUAACACCACUUUUCUCACUGAAGUCCAAUGCCCAGUACUUCUAUCCUUUCUCUCUCUCUCUCUCUCUCUCUCUUUCUAUCUCUCCACUUCAUCUGCUACAACUUGCAGCAGAGGAAUGGUAAGAUAGGAGGAUGAGAAUGUUCUGCGUGUCUGAGGCAGAAAACUAGAGCUUGGAAGAGAAAGAGUAACUCUGAAUUUAUAAUGCCAGUUCCGCUUGCCCCAUAUCCGACACCUCCAGCACCAUAUACACCACCUGCUGCAAAUGGUGCACAGAGCCAGCUUGUCUGCUCUGGAUGUCGAAACCUUUUACUGUAUCCGGUUGGGGCAACUUCUGUAUGCUGUGCGGUUUGUAAUGCAGUCACAGCUGUGCCACCUCCUGGCACGGAAAUGGCCCAGUUGGUUUGUGGAGGCUGCCACACUUUACUCAUGUACAUCCGAGGAGCAACAAGUGUACAAUGUUCUUGUUGUCACACAGUCAAUCUAGCCUUGGAAGCAAACCAGGUGGCACACGUCAAUUGUGGCAACUGCAGGAUGCUACUGAUGUACCAAUAUGGAGCACGAUCCGUGAAAUGUGCAGUCUGCAAUUUUGUGACAUCUGUUGGGGCCUUGGCAAGCACUACUGAACAGAAGUUCAACAGUUAAAAACUUUCAUACAACUAAGUGGUUUUUGGAUAUAUUGUUACAUAUAUUCCCCAUCAGUGCAUCUUCCAGCAAGCAGAGCAGAGCAGAGCAGAGGAUAUUCACCUUAAUCCCUUGUAUAGAGUUAAUUUUUCCCUUGCGUGACGUCUUUUAUGAAUAAAAGUAUUGGCAGGCUGUAUGAACACUAUUCUACGAGAAAGACUUUUGGAGUGCUUUUUGAAAUAAUGUUUAGAUAAGAUGAACUUCGUUUUCCUUCA